AGGCCGGAAACGUGCAGUGGAUGCGAUCCAGAGGCGUGGAUUCCCUGCACUUUUUUGUCACCUCAAAGACAAACCUUUCGCCUUAAAAGCCGCACAGUUCGGAACAAAGCCGAGUGGAAGGUGUGUCGUGGUCGGCCACUGGGAGAAGGACGUACACGUAUUGCAUUAUGGAUGGGAGCAUCUCGGUAGGAGCCUGAACGUACCACCGUCUCAUCUCGGUAGGAGCCUGAACGCACCACCGUCUCACCUCGGUUGGAGCCUGAACGCACCACCGUCUCAUGUCGGUUGGAGCCUGAACGCACCACCAUCUUUUCUCGGUUGGAGCCUGAACGCACCACCGUCUCAUCUCGGUUGGAGCCUGAACGCACCACUGUCUCAUCUCGGUUGGAGCCUGAACGCACCACCGUCUCAUCUCUGUUGGAGCCUGAACGCACCACCGUCUCCGCCCGCGCCGCAGUACGCGCGUCGUGGCCGUGGCGUGAGCGCAGGACGGCGGGGAUGUGCCGGAUGUGAAGGCGGGGCGGGGGGGGCGCGAUGCGGGAGUACAAGGUGGUGGUGCUCGGCAGCGGCGGCGUGGGCAAGUCGGCCCUGACGGUCCAGUUCGUCACCGGGACCUUCAUCGAGAAGUACGACCCCACCAUUGAAGAUUUCUACCGGAAGGAGAUCGAGGUGGACUCGUCGCCGUCGGUGCUGGAGAUCCUGGACACGGCCGGCACCGAGCAGUUCGCCUCCAUGCGGGAUCUGUACAUCAGGAACGGCCAGGGCUUCAUCCUGGUCUACAGUCUGGUCAACCAGCAGAGCUUCCAGGACAUCAAGCCCAUGAGGGACCAGAUCAUCAGGGUCAAGAGGUACCAGCAGGUGCCGGUGGUGCUGGUGGGAAACAAGGUGGACCUGGAAGACGAGAGGGAGGUGUCCCCCAGCGAGGGCCAGGCGCUGGCGGAGGACUGGGGCUGCCCGUUCAUGGAGACCUCUGCCAAGAGCAAGACCAUGGUGGACGAGCUUUUCACCGAGAUCGUACGGCAGAUGGACUUUUGCCCGCUGCCGGACCGCAGAGAGGUGUGCUGCCCCGCCUGUAGCGUGCAGUAGCGGUCCAGGGACACGGGGCUGAUGGAUGGAGGGACUUAAGAAAUUAGCAAGCGGAUCGAUCGACCCAGCGAAGCAGAAAAAUACGAUAAAAUUCCUCGGACGCUGGGUUUUCUCCGGAAGUCCCUCAUCCAUCAAGCGCCUCCUGGUAAGUAGCCAAUUUCAGGGGGGCUUCCACGGGCAGAACUGUGCCAAACAAAAGCCAUCAACACAGAAGAUCCGAGCGCCACGUCAAUAUGGCGAGCCAAGAAAAAGAUGGCCGUUAAAAGUAUCAGCCCUGGUUUUCCUUUUUUUGCACUCUUCUUGACCAAAACACCAGGUUUCUUCUACACGGAUGUCAAGCAGCACCACUGUGAAGACGUCACACCAGAGGUCGGCCCAGCAGCCGGCCUGCCUAAACUAGGAAUGAAUGAAUACGUGAACGAAUGUCGACUGCGGGGACAUUCACUCGGACUAAAUGUGGAUGACGCGUGCAUGUGGUCGUACUCUCACGCCGAUCUCGAGUACAAUCUCACCCAAAGAGACGAUGUUAGUCAAUCAUUGUUGAAAUGUGCAGACACUUUACACCUUACAAACGAUACCGAUGCCUUGUACGCUGAACACGACAGUGACCGUGCAUUCUCGCCGCAUCAGUUAGUGGUUCAGUCUCAUCAACACUUCUUUUCAACAAGAAAAAUAAACCUUUAUGCACCAA